GAAGUGUUUUCUAUGAAAUUUCCUGUUUUAGACGGCUUGAGAAGCAUGUACUGGCAAGCCCUGUUAAGUGAUGAGUAAUGAAAGAAUGGGUUACAGGGCGCCAGUAAGAAACAUGAAAAUGAUGUCAUCUUUGAAUGAUGUCACGUGGCUGCUUUUAUGAAAUGAAGAUACACCACUCAGGAGAUAUCCCAGCCAGAGAUAUUUACUAUGCCUGCCAAGAAUUUCAAUUGAAACGUACACUACUCGUAAUCUUGCAUGUGUGUUGACAGCCAGCAGCCAAUGGCAGAUGACGCUAGUGGUCAUGUGAUAGAAUACAGAAACCAAUGGUCGAUCAAGGGAGUUGAAUAAUGGAGGCACCUGUUCGAACAAAUCAAGUAGUGGCGGCGCAGGUACAUCGUAGCCACUGCACAUCACAAGGAUAUCGAAACAAAGUGGGAAGUUUGAUCAUACACUUGAAAACAAAUAAGUCGCAAGCGGCCGAAAUAAGAAGCGUUUUGACAACAAAUUUGCAUCUCGCGUACAAUUUAUGUCGUUCUGGGCCGGAAACAUGCCCAUCGAUUAUUUGUUUUUUACCGUAUAGCAGAAAUCAAGGCAUCGUAUUAAUGUGUGAUUGAAUUAAUUUGCAUCUACAAUCAUUACGGAAGUAUGUUCUGGGAUGUAGGCUCGAUCAGCCAAUUUGCCUUGCUUCUCGCUAUUACCGCCCAACCUUUGCAAACCGAUGCUGGAUUAAGGGACACCCAGUCAUUGUACUUCACCAAAGAACCAACGGAUGUAACCUUCCUAAACACAAAGUCAGCCAAAGUCGAAUGCAAGGCAAAUGGAAGCCCAAAAGCAACCAUUUCUUGGCAAACUGUCGAUGGAAAAGCAGCAAAAAAUAUCUCUGGGAUUCGACAUAUACUCCUGGAUGGCUCGUUGGAGUUCCCUACCUUUGCUCAAGGGGACUUCAGACCUGACGUCCAUGCCACUCAAUACAGAUGCUUGGCACAAAACAAAAUUGGCAAGCUUCAAAGCCGAUUGAUUCGAGUGAAAGCAGUCAUAGACAGCCCGUACUCACCAACGGUGUUCCAUCAAAUGUCCUUCGUUGGUGGAUCAGCGGUCUUUAAGUGUCACUUCGAAGCAGCCUCUCACAUUUCAUUGGUUUCGUGGUCGUUGAGAUGGCAGACAAGCAACACGGAAACCAACGUGAGAGAUGGAGAGUCAAAUGGAAGAUUCCAUGUCCUCAAGGGUCUGCCAUAUAUAAUUAUAUCGAGGAUAAGGAAUGCGGACAACUUUCUGGCUGUUAAGUGCUUUAUAAAAGACAGUCUGAGUGGAGUAACCUUGAAAAGCUCCAGUGCAUACGUGUAUAUACAAAAUCAAGCUUCAAAAAAGGCAAGUUUGGUACUUCCGCCAGUUUCUCAGAAUGUUUUGAAAGGGACAGAUGCAGUGCUUCCUUGUGUUGCCAAUGGAGGCUCCUCCUUAGUAUACACUUGGUAUAAGAACGGGGCACGACUAGCCAUAUCCCCAAGGGUCGUGAAUAUUGUCAGUGGAUCAAUGGUCCUCAAACACGUCAGUAACGGCGAUGCUGGAGAGUACAAGUGUAUCGUGAGAUCGCCUAACCAAACCUUGUCAGCCUCGAUGAACCUCAGUAUCACCGAGGGCAUACGAUUCACUAGAACGCUGCAAAGCCAGUUCAUACCUCUUGGCAAUACCCUUCGUUUCUCAUGCAAGGUCACUGGCCUCCCAACACCUUCGAUCACCUGGAUAAAAGAUGGAACGCCACUUUCUACUGGCAGCAGAAUGGUUAUUGAUAGGUCUAUUCAAACAAACAAUGUCCUUUCCAGUGACUUGCUUCUAUACUUGGUGUCGCAUCGAGACGAGGGUGUGUACCAAUGCGUGUCAAAGAAUGCUGUGGAGGAGAGGCAGACCAGCGCCAGACUUGUUGUCGGAGCAAUAAAGCCAAGAAUCACAACAUUGCCACAAACGCGCCAGGUUCUGGAACAGGAUCAGACCCUGAGCUUAAAAUGCAUUGCUGCGGGGCAGCCGACACCACAAUUCACGUGGUGGUCGGACGGAGUGCAGGUUUUCAACAGCCAGCAACGCGUCACAAUCGCGACCAGCAACACAGCAUCUGGCGGAGUUCAAAGCAUUUUAAUGAUACAGGGACUGAGGAUGAGUGACAGUGCCGUUUACGCAUGCAAGUCAGAGAACAAAGCAGGUGUGGCCACUGCGACUUCAGAUGUGACUGUCAAAGGUGCUCCAACAAUCGUACGUUUCCCAGAACGUGUUUACGCGCUGGUCAACCAGCCAGUUUACCUCCACUGCAUUGCGAAAGGCUACCCACUGGCAACAUUCAAAUGGUCCAAGGAUAGUUGGCACAAUCUAGCAACUGAUGACCUGUACAAGAUAUUUGAAAAUGGAACGCUGUUCAUCUCUUCAGUUCAAGAAAAGAGCAAAGGGCAAUAUAAGUGCCAGGCCUCUAAUGAAGUAGGAGACGAUGAAAAGACACUGGGUCUAUAUGUUCAAGUGCCUCCUACAAUUGCCCCCUUCAAAUGGACACCAAUCGAAGCCGGACACCGGACAUCGAAAACAUGCCAGGUUCCAACAGGCGAUCUUCCCAUUAAAAUAACUUGGUACUGGAAUGGAAAGAUAAUCAUUAGCGGGAACGGAGUGACUGUCGACACCAAAGACUUCUUAAGUUAUUUGACAUUCUCAGAGGUAAAAGCAGCACACAGAGGAAGGUACACCUGCAAGGCAGAAAAUGCUGCUGGAUCGGCAUCUUACUCCGAAGAGCUUCUGGUACACGAAUCUCCGAAACUCACGCUUGCACCAAACGACGUUUCAAUUCUAAAACCAAACACACUUCAUCUGAUAUGCAAAGGUUCAGGGUUUCCUUCUCCACAAAUCGUUUGGUAUAAAAAGGGUGAAUUUAGUGAAGCUAGGAAAUUGCUUCAUUUGACCGACCGGGUGCGACAGUAUCAAAACGGUUCUCUUCUUAUAUACCGGACAUCGGCGAAGGACAAUGGGAAGUACACGUGCAGUGCGGAAAAUGACAUUGGAAAAAACGCAGAAAGAACAAUUACAGUUGAUAUCAAAGUUCCUGCCAAGGUCAUACCUGCUCGCAGCAAAGUUGUGAAACAGCGCAAGGAUGCAUCAGCAGUAAUUCGCUGCGAGGCAUCUGGCACUCCAGAUAUCAAACUUCAUUGGUACAAAUCUUCAAAGCCUAUUUCUGUCUCUUCGAAGUUCAAUGAAAACAAGCUGAUGAGACGCGUUGGCAAUCAAGUCUACGUGAAUUCAACUUUGAAAAUUAACACACUGCAAAGAGCCGAUAACGGAACAUACAUCUGUCAGGUUACUAACUCCUUUGGUGGAGACACACAAGAUUUUCGAGUGGUUGUUUUAGAGAGGCCAGAUCCACCAAAGAUUCCUCUGUCUGAAAAAAUCUCGUCUCGCUGGUUGGAAGUUACAUGGAGCAAGCCAUAUAAUGGUCACUCUGCAAUUUUAAGAUACACAGUCGAAUAUAAGCGACAUUCAGACAUGUGGUCAAAGGUAGCUCGAGUUUUUGUUCCUGGGAACAAUACAAAGGCCACUGUACAUGGAUUGUCACCUGGAGUAAACUACAAUUUUAGAAUCAGAGCAACGAAUGGCAUUGGCGAGAGCCAGCCUAGUGAGGACUCUGUAUUCAGAACAAGAGAGGAAGCUCCUUCAUCAUCUCCAACGAAUGUGACUGUUACUGCUAUUGCAAAAGAUAAACUAAAAGUACAAUGGCGGGCCCCUCGUGUCAAUCAACGAAACGGAAUCCUACUUGGCUAUUACGUCACGUACAAAGAGUUUUUUGCCUCCACACCAGACACAGAUAUAUUAGUCCAGGGACAGCAACGGCAUGAAGCUUUGCUGGAGGAUUUAUUGCCGUAUACUUCGUAUGAGAUAACGGUGAAGGCAUUUACAAAGGCGGGAGUUGGUCCCCCUUCUCCUGUUGAAAGAAGAACCACUCUGCAAGGAGCUCCGACUGCCCCACCGACCAGCAUCAAGGCCACUGCAAUAAGCUCUCAGAUAAUACGUGUUACUUGGGGACUGCCCCCAUUUCCACACAGACAUGGACUAAUUAAAGGGUACAAAGUCAAAUACUUUAAGAAACUCUCGAAGAAAGUUCUUGAGAAGACUGUCACUCGUGUUCACUAUGCCGAACUUACUAAUUUGGAAAAGUAUACAGAAUACGAGAUUUUUGUUCUGGCUUUCACAGAAGGUGGAGACGGAAAGACAAGCAAAAGUAUUAUCUCAAGGACGCUGGAAGAUGUUCCUGGGCCACCUGAGCAGUUGAGAGCUGCUGCAGCUUCUCCACACCAAAUUAUGGUCACGUGGAAGAAGCCUUCCAAACCAAAUGGCGUUAUCACAGGUUACAUUUUACACUACCGCAAGUCCAUGGAUGGAUCUACAUCACAACACGAGGUUCGGCUAAGCAGGAACGCUUCCUCGAGUAUCUUACAUGGACUGGAAGUCGGCAAGAAGUAUGAAAUUUGGAUGAACGCACAGACUGUCAUUGGAACAGGACUUCGAACAGGCUUUGUCAAAGCAAUGACGAUGACAAAAAUUCCAGCUCGGAUCCUGACCCUUACGCAGAUUGUCAAAGUUCCAGUGAACGCAAACGUAGGACUGCCUUGCGUCGCAGUAGGCCAUCCCAAACCGGUCAUUUCUUGGUACUUCAAUAUCAAAAGAAUUAUCAAACGACGACGGCGACGAAGUACUCCGUAUUACAAUGAAGGAAAACUUGUAUUGAGUGACGUAAAAUUAAAAGAUGCUGGUGCCUAUAACUGCUCUGCUGUCAAUCAAUAUGGCUCUGACUGGAAUAUCAUUACACUUGUUGUGCAAGGUUUUCCAGCCCGACCGAGGGCCAUUAAAGCAGAGCAAUUCAACAAAACCUCCAUCAACAUCAGCUGGGUCCCAGGCUUCAACGGUCACAGCCCCUUUGUUCGCCAUGAAAUCAAAUACAGAUACGGUAAUCUGUCGUCCUGGAACUAUCUUCAAGUGCCAUCGGACAAGCUCUGGAUGACAUUUGAUAUGAAAGUCGGUUCCAAGGCGUUCUUUGCUGUUGCCAGUGAAAAUUCCGUUGGUGUUGGUCCUUUUAGUAACACGAUUGAAGUGCAUGUCACUGCAAAUGGUUUGGUUACACGAGUUGUCUCAGAAGAAAAGAGGACAAUACUCGAGAGUGUCGCUGUGGCGGAGGAAAAAGAAAACGUAAUAGGGCCGAUCAUUGCUGGUUGUGUUGUUGCUGUUGUCAUUGUAACGAUCAUUAUGCUGUUAGCAUCAUGGGAUAGAACAGAGCGCAGGAUGAGAACUCCAAAGUGCAAUCGUCUGUUUGUUUGUGAAUGCGAUGACGACUUCCCAAAAGACCAAUUUCGUGGCACAUAUGACGGCCCUUAUAACGAGCCCAACAUGCCCUGGCCAUGGAAUUCCGCGGUGGAGAGCGUUGUUUCUAGUAACGACGAGCCGCCGACCUCCAACCCAACAGGAGAGGAAGAGCGCUUCCCGGAGCAUCUGUUUGCGCAGCUUUUGAACUUCGAUGAAACCGAGGAAGACGAAGACAAGGCAACAGACACUCAGGAAAAUAGUAGCCCUGACAAACCUGAAUCUGCGAUGCGUUUUGGCACUCCAAGCACAAACACAUACAAAACCUCUGAAUCAUCCCAGCUCUCUAAAGGAAUUUAUACUAGCAACAGUUUAUUGUCAAGUCGAAACAUGCCUAGCUCCAAUGAAAGUGAUAGCGGCAAUGCGGAGGCAACGGGAAAUUUCAUUUCUAGAAGUGUUGAGGGCGCGUUAAGCGAGGAAAAGUACACGGAGCGUGCUAAGCGGUCUUAUAAAGAUCAGCAGCUGAGACAUUAUUUUAAAAGUUUAGAUAGUGGACUGCAAAAACAACCGAAUUUAAAGCUCUACUUGACCGCAAAUAAUGGGAAGCGAAAUAAAACUGGCCAACCACCAAAAGAUUCCCAAGCAACGGGAAUGAAAUCCCUUACAUUAAUCGUACGCGACAACAAAGUGAAGCGGUCAAGAAGUGUGCGUUCGUACGAUUCCGUUUCAUCAACCUGUAGUUCAACGCGCGGAGAGUUGGUUCGUGCCUACGAAUUCGGUCGAAAAUACAGACUGCAGGAAUAUAUUGUCCCACAAAUUGGGGACAGUACAACUGAAGACAGUUGCAGUGAAAUCAGUGAGCUUUGUGAAUUCUCUUCAUUGCCGCGUAAUACAAAUGACUGCCUCCUGCGUAUGCCGUUGCCAAUUAGGCCAGAUGUUGUUGAUGCAACGUUCAAAGGCCUAACAGUUAAAAAUUUUCAAGACCCAUACGAUGGAGAGUCUCUCGUUUGAGACUUCGUUUUUCCAAUGGCAGCAGAAAUGCAUUGUGUACUGACAGCGCUAAAUGCUGCUGCGAAGAUGCUCACUGUAUCGAAAGUUGAAAAAAUGUAGUGCCAGGUUUGCAUGUUUAGUUCAUAUUGUUAAGUGAGGUGUCAGCAUGUUUUUAUCUAAAUCAACUGAUAUUUGUGACACUCUUUGCUUUGCAACAAUCUUUAGAAGAACAAAAAACAACCUUAACCUAUUCAACAUUGUUUCUGUGCCCGCCUGUGGGAUGCCAAGUAAAUUUGAGUCCUAUAAACUGAAAUCCUCACGUUGCUACGGCUAAAAUCUGGCAAAAAGGUCUUUAGAACUAAAAUCGAAUAUUAAAAAUGCUUAUAUGUUAAGGAUAAAAAACUUUAGCUUUUUGAUAAAGACGACACCCCAAUUGUCGCGUAGGGUCGCAGCUUCAACCUUGAGUGAAGGGGUCAUAGAGUCAUACAUAGUUACCCGAUUUAACCAUGACACUUGUGCCCCCCUUUACGUUGCAUCUAUUGUAGCUUUAUAGCCAAGAGAAAAAAAUUCCAAACACUAGUUAAAAUUCAUAAAUUGCAGCAUGCUUGCAACCAUACUCAAUACGAUAUUUUUGUAACAAUUUGCAGAAAGUCCUGGACAUUCAAGUCCUGCACGUCUCCUAUUGCUAUGAAAUAUAGUUGAAUUUUAGAACACGUUGUAAUCCCAUUGCUUAUAUUUUACUGAAACAUUGAACUUUGCUGAUCACUUGGAUCAAAAUUUCGUAGUUUAAGACUACAAAAAAUAAAGUAAAACCUUAAUGUUGUGUCAUUUAUGAAAUUUCACAGAGAGUAAACUGUAAUUUUAGUUAUGUAGUACAAGAAUGCAAAUAACUUGCAAAACCCACUUUAUAACUUGCAAAACAGUUGUUAUUUCUAAUAAAAUAGAUGUAGAGGUGAUUUUAUUCGGUCCAAAUCAUUGCUAUGUAAAUUAUUCCUUAAGACCCUUGUGUUAUCGCUAUGUACUUUUUCUUCAUCCCUUACCAUACUUUAACAUAGGCCUACUUCUUCCUUCCAUGUAGCCGCGGUAUCAAGUUGUUUCCAUUUUAGAGUCCUGAUCAAUUUAGCUUCUUAGAUACCAGGCUCCCAAGAACAGUUGAGCAAACGACAUAAUAGAUAUAAUCGAUACCAGGCUCCCAAGAACAGUUGAGCAAACGACACAAAGCUCGUUUAAAUCCUUCUCGAUAGUUACGAUGACAUACACCUUGUUCUUGUUUCACUGACAGCCAAGGCAACAGUUGGGAGUCUUGAUUUUCCAGGAAUGGUUUCGUAAAACAUUAAUUGCUGCAUAUUAUUGAAAAGUAGAAAAUUCAUCAGAUUGAUUAUUAUUAAAUUUUGUAAUGCAUACUGUAAUUUUUUCAAUUAAAUCAAUAAGCGAAUCAGAUUUUC